GAGUUUCUCUUCCACUAAAAUGAAAGCAGGGCGCAGUUUUAAGUUGUGAAAUGUCGUGGCGGGGGUUCACCUGCUGGGCCCUCCCUGAGGAGUCCACAUAAGUACAUUUAUUCUCUCCAGCUGACUUCACAUCUGUCACAAGGCUCAGCAGACUUACAGCAACCUGCAGGCUGCACGAUGGCUCAAGACAGAACUGUCGUUUUCUUUGACCUGGAAACCACUGGAUUAGACACCACGGUGUGUGACAUCAUUCAGCUCGCCGCCAUCUGUGAAGACAGGGUCUUUAAUGUCUACAUCCUCCCCCGCCAGCCUCUCACAGAGAGCGCAAAACGUGUCACGGGCUUCACUGUCAGCAACAACCGCCUCUUUCUCCACAGGGUUCUCGUGGACACCAUCCCUCUUGCUGAGGCUCUCACUAAUUUCAUCGCCUUCCUGCGCUCUUUCCACCGUCCAGUGCUGCUGGCGGCCCACAAUGCAAAGCGCUUUGAUGCACCUGUGCUCACCAGGUGGCUGCAGAAUUGCUCCCUCCUGCAGCAGUUCCAACAGGUGGUGUCUGGGUUCCUGGACACCUUCUUGCUUAGCAAGGACCUGUUUCGUCUGAGCAGUUACUCCCAGGAGUUCAUGGUCCGGCGCUUCCUGGGAAAAAGCUACAACGCUCAUAAUGCUGUGGAGGAUGCCAGAAUGUUGCAGGAGCUGUACAAGGCCUGGAGACCUACCACAUUUAGCGUCUCCAAUUGUACCUUCAGGGCAGUCCGGGUGUAUUAACAAAAUGCUGAAAGAAAUACAUGAGAAAUUAUCAGACAAAGCAAAAAUAUGUUAAAGCUGACCUUUUAUUUGCUGUUAUUUUCAGGUCAUUGGACAAACAGGAACAAAUGAAAUGGAGUAAUGUGUGGUCAUAAGUUAUCAAGAUUUAACUUAUUUACUGUUAAAUGUAAUGUAAUGUGUCACAUGCAGUGCAAUCUUCCUUUUCUGUUUCCUUUUGAUCUCAUUGAUGCCUUUUUGUAGCCUCUGUGGACCAAAAUGCAAUGGGUCUGCAAAAUAUUUUCUGUUUUUUUUAAAAAAAGAGCAUUACCCACAUCUUUCUCAGCCUUAAUAAAAGAUC